CGACGGCACGUUAUUUUACGCUGCCAGCCCGCAAAGAAGGCCUCAAAACGGGUCCACAAAACUGCUCAGGGGAGACGAUUUGGAUUAAUCUGAGCUGAGGAGAAAGAGAUUAUGGCAGAGCAAAACGCGUCCUCCGACGGCGAGCCCUUGAAGGAAAUGCGGCCGCGCGUAUCAUCCAUCGGAAGAGGUGCCGGUGGCCCUGGCGACCAGUCGAGAAGACGUCAGUUCAAGGCCCGCUCGAGGGAGCUGGAGAGAGGCGUCUCCGUUCCCGUGCUUUCGCCCGGCAGCGAAGCAAAGGCCCCGCUCCCCCUAUCCACGAAGGAGGUCGUGAGCGUUGGCCACGGUCAGGGACACGAGUUCGUAAAGAAGACGUUUUUUCAGCCGACUUUUUGUCAUCACUGCGCGGAGCUACUGUGGGGGCUGAAGGGUCAGGGAAUGAAGUGCAUGAUUUGCAAUUUCGUCAGCCAUGAAAAGUGCAUCCCGAAUCUCAGUGUCUCCUGCCGACACAUUAUUGCUGGAAAAAUCACGGAUCCCGUGGCCCAUCAGUGGACGCAACCGAGGUCCUUCCACCGCAAGAAAUGGUGCAACGUGUGUCGCAAGAGGAUCCACGCCAAGGGUGUCAUCUGCGAAGUCUGCAAGCUCUACUCACACACCGUGUGCAAAGCCAACGCCUUCAACAAUUGCAAGAAUUGCGCAACCUACAACAACGGUGUCAAGCAAGAGAUACGCCACCACUGGAUCGAGGGGAACCUCACAUCCUCCGCCCGCUGCGUAGUGUGCACCAAGAACUGCUCGACGGAAAAUUCUCUCUCCGGUUUCCGAUGCGGCUGGUGUGGCUACAAUGUCCAUUCGGCCUGUAUAGGUCAGUUGGAGGAGAGAGAGGCUAACGAGAGGGUGUGUACCCACCGUGACCUUUGGCACCUGGUCCUGGCGCCGCGAGCUGUGACCCACCGCCAGUCGGUGAAGAGUCACGUGGAGCAGGAGAGAGAGGAGGAGGCUGUGGAUGGUGAGGCCCUGUCCCCCACGCCUGCUGACGGGCCCGAAGAAGAAGAGGAGGAAGAAGAUGAGUACGGAAGUAAGGGGCGCCCCAUCAUCAAUCAUCGAUGGCAGCGGAGGACAGACUGACUUCAAGAA